AGCAGACCGUGUUGUGAAAAGAUGCUAUCUGAUUAUCCAAGCAACUGGGGAAACGAUACGAUCUGAUGUCCUAUGCCAGAUAGAAACUCUAUCCUUGUGGUAACCAGACGGGCAUUCCCACCGGGCAUAGAAUGUCAAAUUGCCUUACAUGUAGUAAUGGAAAGCAAGCCCCCAACAGUAAGUAAAAGACGAGUGGGUCACUGCGCACAUACUAUGAUCUCUGUACAUCUUCCCUGCAUCGACCAUGCCCUGGAGGAGUCGACUGCGUUGUUCCUGUUAAAGCAAGAUGUGGUCGUGUGGAGACACCACACCUCUUAACUGCGUUAGGAACGCUCCGAGCUGAAUGAAUAUCCUUGCCGAGGCUAAUAAGCUCGGGUGCGGGGGAGCAUCACCCUACCCGGUCAAUCCAACCUCAUCUCAGUUAUUAACAUCCUCCAACUUAAUUAUACCCCAAUUGAAUACUUACAACACCCAUUGACUUUUCGGAUUCCGCCAAUAUGCCCGAACGAUACGGCGAUUACCAGACGGAGAUCUAUGGCCAGGGGGCCAUUGCGGGUCUGCGACCGAACGUCACGACCGACCCACGUUUGCUCGAAGAACAGGCGAAGAAGGCCCUGGGCGUCCGCGGCUACAAUUAUGUCGCGGGAGGUGCUGGAGAGAAAGCGACGAUGGACAGCAACCGAUUGGCUUUCCGUCAAUGGAAGUUGAUACCCCGCAUGUUGAGGCCGAUGGACAAGCAGGACCUUAAGGUGAACCUCUUCGGCCAGGACUACCCUUCUCCGGUUCUCAUGGCGCCGGUCGGCGUGCAGAGCAUAUUCCACGAAGACAAGGAGACCGGUCUAGCCGAAGCGUGCUCCGAAGUCGGCAUCCCGUAUACCCUGAGCACGGCAAGCACCAGCUCGAUCGAAGAAGUGGCCCAGUCGAACGGAGACGGAAAGAGAUGGUAUCAGCUUUACUGGCCCCAAAGCGACGAUAUCACCCUGUCGCUGCUGAAGCGCGCGAAAGAAAACGGAUAUUCCGUCCUCGUAGUCACGCUCGAUACUUGGUCCUUGGCAUGGCGACCGGCCGAUCUGGACAACGCAUACGUUCCGUUCUCCACGGGUGUUGGGUGCCAAAAUGGCUUUUCAGAUCCCGUCUUUCGCGCCAAGUUCGAGAAGGAGACUGGUACCAAGGUGGAAGAUGACAUUCUGAGCGCGUCGAGGGCCUGGAUCAGCGAUGCGUUUCCCGGUCAACCGCCCACGUGGGAGAGAAUUGCCUUCCUGCGGAAGAAUUGGGAGGGUCCGCUGGUCCUGAAGGGCAUCCAGCAUGUAGAUGACGCUCGAUUCGCACUCAAGGCCGGGUGUGACGGUAUCGUUGUCUCGAACCAUGGCGGCCGACAGGUGGACGGGGCCAUCGGCUCCCUGGAAGUACUACCGGAGAUUGUCGACGCCGUGGGCGACAAGAUGACGGUCCUGUUUGACUCCGGCGUCCGGACCGGUGCCGACGUCAUCAAGGCCCUUUGCUUAGGCGCCAAAGCAGUCCUCGUUGGUCGGCCCUUCAUAUACGGCCUGGCUAUUAACGGCAAACACGGUGCCAAAUCGGUGAUGCAAGGUCUCCUGGCCGAUUUAUGGCAAAACAUGUCUCUGGCUGGAAUCUCCGGAGUCGCCGAGUGCACUCGCGAUAGGCUCCGAAAAGUCCCGUACGGAGGUGAUGCGAAGGCCAUGCUGUGAGAUCAGACGCUAGUAGCCCGAUGUAAAAAAUAAUCAUCAUAUCUCAGGCGAUAGGGGAUCGCCAGCGAAAUCAGGCAUUCAGGCUGUCAUUCCGGCACAGCUCAUGUAUGAUUACUCAUCAGCUAUGAUGCCAUCCUUGUGACGGUCGGCACAAGAGACAUCACAGACCCUGCGAUGAGACAAAUAGUAACAUAUCCAUGUCAGAAUCCUCCUUAAAAUUUGAACAUGUCAUGGAUCCACCCAGCUAGUUACGAAGUGAUGUAGAAG